AUGUCUCACGUGUUUGUUUUGUUCUGUUUGUGCUGGUGGCGUCUGAUUGGUGUGUUUGGUGAGUCAUUGUCAGUGACGGAAGGAGAUUCUGUAACUUUACACACUGCUGUUACUGAAAUACGUGAGGACGACGAUAUACUGUGGAAAUUUGAAGCUGGAAAGUCUCACAUAGCUAAAAUAAAGAAAAAGAAGCAAAACUUCUCCACAUAUGAUGGUCCUGAUGGGAGAUUCAGAGACAGACUGAAGCUAGACGAUCAAACUGGAUCUCUGACCAUCACAAACAUCACAACUCAACAUGCUGGAGUUUAUCAACUAGAGAUAGCAGGAGCGAAAAAAUCAUCAAAAACAUUCAGUGUUUCUGUCUAUGCUCGUCUGCCUGUUCCUGUCAUCAGCAGUAACUUUUCAAACUGUUCUUCAUCAUCAUCACAGCAGAAUUGUUCAUUGGUGUGUUCAGUGGUGAAUGUGGGUCAUGUGACUCUCUCCUGGUACAAAGGAAACAGUUUAUUGUCCAGCAUCAGUGUGUCUGAUCUCAGCAUCAGUCUCUCUCUACCUCUGGAGGUGGAAUAUCAGGAGAAAAACACCUACAGCUGUGUGCUCAACAAUCCCAUCAGCAACCAGACUCAACAUCUGGACAUCACUCAAUUCUGUCACACAUGUGCAGACUCUGUAUCUCUGAUAGUGUUGAUUUCUGCUGCUGCUGGAUCUCUGUUGAUUGUAGCUGCAGUCGGGAUCUUCUGCAUCUGCAGGAAAUGUCAGACAAAAAGGAAAGACAGGACUCAUUCAGUACUGUUUAAAUCAACAUCACGAAACAAGAAAUCAAAGAAUGAGCAUGUGUAUGGAAAUAUCGCCCCAAAGCGAUGAUCAAAUAUCGAAUCUACCAG